AUGGCUCCAGCGUUUGUGAAGGUCAUUUAUGAUGCUUCACCGUCAUGUCUGUCGUUGCCGCCGUUUUACAAUGAUGGCGCUGGAAACUUAGGCUAUCCUGUUGGGCCUGUGAUGUUGAGAACAAGUUCUCAGCUCUGGCAUCGUUUCCCACAACAUUUUGUUGAGAAUGUGCCGUUACUUGAUGUUCAAGCGAUGACCGUUCAGACUAUGAAUGGUGUUUCUAUAGUUUUGGAAAUGCGUUCCGAGCGUGCACAUGGAGAACCAAGUUAUUUUCUACUUGAUGUUAUUGCUUUCACUACAACAUUCCUUUCACCUUCAGACAAAAAGAUUCCUUUUGCGUUUCAAAGGAGGCAAUUUCCGAUAGCUGUGUGUUUUGCGAUGACUAUCAACAGAAGUCAAGGGCAGUCGCUAUCAAGGGUUGGUCUGUACUUGAGACAACCUGUUUUUACGCAUGGUCAGUUGUAUGUGGCUUUAUCAAGGGUAAAAACCAGAGACGGAGUCAAAUUGCUUAUAUUAGACAAGGACGGCAAACGUACCGAUAAAACAUCAAAUGUCGUUUAUAAGGAAGUGUUUAACAAAUUGUGA